GUAGCCUCAGUUUACCAAGUACGUAUCUUUUGAGGGUUUAACCUCUCACAAAGCCUUCAACUCACAAACCGCGAUCCUUGGAAACCAUCCUCCAAAGCAGUGCUUAGGAGGCGUCUAAGGCCCCCGGACCAACUCCCGCUGGAAGAAGCCUGCAGGGACUCGGGAAUCACGGGAACCUUUCCCGUCGGUUCCGGGCCUGGAGGGCCAGGAAGAGCCGCGCGUCCGCCUUUCUUCCCGCCAGGAACUCCUCAUAGGACACGACACCGCAGGAACAAGCGUUCUGGGAGCCCCUGGGAUCUUGGCUGUCGUCUCUAGGGACCCUACACCGUGAAAUGAUAGAGGCGAGGUUCCUUGGGUUCCGCAAGUCGACGAAAAUAGCUCGUGGAGAAGGCGCGUCCUGCAACUGCAGUUCGCAAGCUCUCAGGGCGCCCCGCCAGCUGGGGGCCAGAUUGGGUGACACUCCCCUCGACGCAGCCUCCAGAGCGGCGCGCACUCUCCAGAGGCCAGCAGGACUGCCCUCUCUACCGCAGAACCUGCUCCAUUUAGGUGUUCUCUCCCCAUCUCGCCGUCGCUCUGCCCCCUCACUCUCUCCGGACCUCAGAGCCGGUUCUCUCCUUCCUCCUCCCGCGCUUUCCGUCCGGGGAUCGCAACCUCCAGCCCGUGGGCAACGCGUUCAGCCCAAGACCCCACAGUUUUUCCCAACGACCCCCUACCAAGGGCUUCUCUUGUUUCUGCUCUCCUACCCAGCACUUCCCAAAGUGUGUGGGAACAGUGUAACCUGAACAAGAACGUAGUGUCUAUAGGAUGAGUGACACUUGGAAGCAGAGGCAGAGUGCUACAUGGACACCUGACUGUAUCAAAUGGUUAUUGUGUUUUCUCAAUCAGACGCCAAUUGCGGAAUACCAGCUGAUAUUCUACCCUCAAUUCAUGCUAAAAGCUUUCUAGUCUUUCUCAAGGAAACCUGUCCAAAGGGAUAUGUGAUCCAAGGAAUUAUUAUUGUAUAAGUAAAACGUGGAUGUUUUUACUAAUAGUUCACAUAUUUCACAGCCCUUUGGUAGAGAGCCUUUUUCGUUAAUGUUCUGUUCAAGAAUAAUUGCAUAGUAUUUAUAAUCCUCUCAGGGAUUAAGUAUAGAUGUAAUACACAACUCAAAGAUGCUUGUUGAUGUUCACUUUGUAAAAAUUCAUCAAGUUGUAUACUUGAUAUUUGUGGACUUUCUGUGUUAUAUAUUUUUGAAUUAAAUACUUAUAGGAACU